GUGAAUGAACUGAAACUGAAAUAAAUAAAUAAAUAAAUGAUUUCUACAGAUGAGGGAGGAGGCUCCUCCUCACACAGCGCCGCGCUCUGCCGACAGAGGGCGCUCCAGUCCGUUUGUUCAGCGACUCACUCACUUCAUCCAGAGAAACCCUCACAGCCCGGACAUGAACCUUCUUACCCCUGUCGCCCCUGCUGCCCCUGUUACCCCUGCUGCCCCUGUCGCCCCUGCUGCCCCUGUUACCCCUGCUGCCCCUGCAGGGACCCCGGCCCCGGAUCAUUCACCUACAGGAGCAGAAAAAUCCUCUUUUCUGCAGCAGCUGGUUUCAGAGUCAGUGACCUGAGGACAGAUGUUUAUUAUCGGCCUGAUGCACAGAAUUCAUUUUCAUCAAAUCGUCCUGAACAUGAAGAUGUGAUGCGCGUGCUCUCUGCAGCCUCUUCUACUGUCAGAGGAGAGACUCCAACAACCUGCACCUCCUCAACUCCGUCCAUUUACCGUCUCCUCUGCUGCAGAAGGAGAAAUCUUUCAACCCACACUGAAGUUAAUAUUUAGUAUAUUCCCCUAAAUUUCACAGCUUUAAUUAUGUAACACUAGUUUUCAUUUGGAUCGUGUCUCAGUUUUGACUGACGCUCAUUUUAAAAGGAACAAAACUCAAACCUUCCGGUUAAAAUUUGGUGUGAAACACGUGGAAAUGGAAGUUUUUUCUGCAGUUGGUUUGAGCCGAAGUGUGGACCGACUCUUCCUCCAUCUGAUCUGAUCUGAACUCUCAUGCAUCGUGUCCUGACGGACGAAAACAUGCGCUGAUUUCUACACGGAGUUGGUU